CGAGCCGGAAGUUCCAAAACCCACACAGAGAAGGUGGGGGGUGGGGGUGGAGGAAGACUCGGUAGGGAUGGCGGCUCAAAUUCCAAUUGUGGCCACCACUUCCACUCCGGGGAUAGCCCGGAACAGCAAGAAGAGGCCAGCUAGUCCUUCCCACAACGGCAGCAGCGCUGGGGGUUACACCGCCAGUAAGAAGAAAAAAGUGGCUGGCGCCAGCUUUACGCAGGGUAUCAGCAUGGAAGCCAUGAGUGAGAAUAAAAUGGUGCCCUCUGAUUAUAGUACAGGACCUAUGGAAAAAGCUGCCAAGCCAUUGCCAUUUAAGGAUCCAAACUUUGUGCACUCUGGCCACGGUGGCGCGGUAGCUGGCAAGAAGAACAGAACCUGGAAGAACCUGAAACAGAUCCUCGCUUCGGAAAGGGCAUUGCCAUGGCAACUGAACGACCCUAACUACUUCAGUAUUGAUGCUCCUCCAUCCUUCAAACCAGCUAAGAAGUAUUCUGAUGUUUCAGGUCUUCUUGCCAACUACACUGACCCCCAGAGCAAGCUGCGGUUCAGCACCAUUGAAGAGUUUUCCUAUAUCCGGAGGCUGCCAUCUGAUGUCGUCACUGGCUACCUGGCCCUGAGGAAGGCCACGAGCAUCGUUCCCUGAGCCUUGAGAAAUGGAGAUGAUGUGGAAAGCUGUUUCAAAGGCAAACUCUGGACUCAUGAUUUUGUUUCAUGGAAACAAACUCAUUGUGCUUGUCAAUCUGGAAAUGUCAGUGCUGUGCCUUGGAAAGAAUGUUUGGCUUUAAUUUAAGGGGUUUUUUUUUUUGUUUUUUUGUUUUGGUUUUCUGUUUUCCCUCCAAGUGGGAUGUUUCCUGUUGAAUUAAAUUAUACUUCAGUUGUUGCCUCAAGUCAACUUGUUUGACGAGAAAAUAUAAAAUUGUGCUUUUAACUUAA